AUGGUUCGCCCGCACACGUCGCUCGUUAGUCGCUGGCUCUCGCGCUUUUACUUGAUUGGGUCGCGAAGAGCAGCUUCAGUCGUCGCAGCCGUCGCGAUCGUCGCGUCAAUCUCCGCCGUCGGAUUUCUCCUAUCGCCAGGCUUUUCUCUACCGUUCUGGCCGUCGUUCCUCCCCAGGGGCCCUGCGUCACCUCCCUCCGCUUUCCCGCAGAGUGGUUGCGAAAUUGCGAGGAACUGUCGCGAGAAGCGAUUGGAUCGAUACAUUUACGUCGAUCAGGAUCCGUCAGAAUUCUGGUGGGAGGACUCAGCCAAUCGCAUUCGAGACAAGGCCCCCAAGGGGUGGUGGACGGGUUACAUUCUGCGGGUUACCACACAUCGUUGGUUCAACAGGACCGUUUCAGACCGAAUCCAAUGGUGGCAUUGGAUGACCGUGAUUGCGCCUGACGACAUGCACAACGCGCACAAGGGGCUCGUGCUGUUUGUGAUCGGGUCGGGGUGGUCUCAGUUCCACUACUACCACCUGCCCGACAAGGACGAGAUGUUCACCGCUGCUUUUGCCCCGCUGGUAGUGGAGCUGGGGAUUCUGGGAGCAGUGCUGCAUCAGCAGCCAAUGGAGCCAAUCACUUUCUUACCGGGCAUUAAUGGGCCGGGCAAGUCCGUGCUGGAAGAAGACGAGCUCAUGGCGUUGGGGCACGGGGUGCAUGUGUGGGAUGGGACGUGGGGCACGGGAUGCAUGUGUGGGAUGGGACGUGGGGCACGGGAUGCAUGUGUGGGAUGGCAUGGAAUGGAACAGGUGGAAGGCUUUGUGCUCAUGGGAGUGAGCAAGAGAGGGCUGAUGGCAUGGCUGACAGCAGCUAUGGAUAAGAGGGUGGUGGGCAUAGUGGCGUACGGCUUUGACCUGCUGGACUUUGGGCGCAACUUCCAGCAUCUGCACGACUCGCUGGGCGCGUGGCCGGUCAUCCUCAAGUUCUACGCCAUCUUCAACGUCACCUCGCAGUUGCAGUCACCUGAAUUUACAAGGCUCAUGGAGGACACGGACCCAUUCUACUACAGGGAGCGCCUCACCAUGCCCAAGCUGCUCGUCAGUGCAGCCAACGAUGAAGUGCUGGCACUGGAUGACACGUACAUCUGGUGGAACGACAUGCCCGAGCCAAAGCUGCUCAAGAUAAUGGCUAACUCGGAGCACAUGCAGAUCCACGUCAACCAAUGGGCCAACCAAGCCACUCUCUCCUUCCUCGCCUCUCUCCUGCACGUCAACUCCUCCUGCGCCGCUCUCCCCACCUCCUCUCGCCCCUCCCUCACCUGGACGCGCCCCUCCAACACCGCCCCCUCUCCCAGCCGCCGCAAGCGCUUUGAUAAAACAGAGGGCACGGGCCUGUUUGCCCGGGAGGAAAGGGAAACAGCAGAGGCUCAAGCAGGACCAGGAGGGGGGGUGGAAGGGUCAGAAGGAGACGCUCUGACCAAUCAGGAGCAGCCGGCGCAUCCCUGGAGCUGUGUUCCUGAGCUGCCGGCUGUUGAUUGGCCGCGGCUGAGGUGGCGGUUUGAUUGGCCCACGUUCACCAUCCAUGCCACGUCAGACAGGAAGCCAUUGGCAGUUAGAGCAUGGACUGGCAAAACAGCCAGCGAGCGACGAGACUUCCGCUUUGUGCUGCAGCGAGGCUCCAAGGGGUGCACGGCGCCCAUGCCAACGGUGCCGGGCACGUAUGCAGGCAAGUUUGACCUCUGCAUCCAGGCAACGCCCUUCUUCCUGCACACCAUCUCGCCGCCCAAGCACCACCCCGACGAUGGCUUGUGGCACUUCAGCUCCACCAUCAGCGACGUUCCCAAGGUGGGGUUUCGGGCAUUUUGGAUUGAAGCUGAUUUUGCAAUUCCACAAAGAAAAGCUCCCUUUGUGUUGACAACCGAAGCCAUUCUAGCCCCAAAUAAGCUGCCGUUCUCACCCUGUCAGCCAGGCAACUAUUCUUGCCAACAUCGUUGGAUAUGA